AUGCAAUCAUCUCUCCGUGCCUUUAAGUCCCUCUCGAGAAGCAGAAGCUCCUCCACCCUCUCAUCAUCCAUAAAACACAAUAGAAAUGCCAGUAUUUUGGACCAGUCCAUUAACCAAGUACGAAAUAGACAAAAACUUCUCAUCAUUGAACAUCCGAACCAAGAAAGAGUAUUUUUCAUUCCUACUUGCAGUAACGGAAAUACAAUUUCAAUGAAUUUGCUCAUGUCUGAUAUCCAAGAGUCAUUGCUGGAUCAUGAUCUUUUCAGACAUCCUCAUACCACUAGUGGUGGAUUUUCAGAAAAGGUUCACCUCAUGUAUCCAAAAGAACAUCACAAACGUGUUGUUAAUAUCCUUUCUCAAAGAUCAUUCAAAGAUGAAUCUAAGGACCCACUUGACGCCUUGUAUCAUCAAGCAGACUCCAAUGUUAACCCAGUAACAAAAAACAAACAACUCAUCAAGAUGGAAUACAUAAUACCACGUAAAGAAGUGUCUCCAAAGAAAUCAACUCAAUCAAAAUCAUCCUCCCUCAAGUCAAGCUCUCCAUCUAAAGUUUCAUUGAAUAGACAAACUACAAGUGAACCUUCAGGUGAAGAAAAUCAAUAAUUUCUAACUUUUGACACAUUGUGUCUGUAUCUUGUAAAUUUUCAAUUAUGUGUGGGUUUGUACAGUUUGCUCACAUGAACAAUCCGCGGUAUCUUGUACAAAAAUUGAACGUUAAGUUAAAUAAAGUUUUUAUUCUCUUCC